GGGGGUGGCUAGUGGGAGGUCUCUUAUAAAUACAUUUCGAAACAGUUUCAGCCCUGAUACUCGCUCGUCCAGCCCCCUCCCCAGAACCCCUUCCCCUUGUUGAUCCAGCGCCCCAAUCUCCCAGGUUUGCCGCGGAACACAGGGCAGAAAACAGCAUAGCUCCAUAGAGCGAUUAUAAUACGUAGUACCACCUUUAUAUUUCCUGCUAAGGAGGGACGCCGACGCCGCCUAGCUCCCCUUGUUUCCGCCCCUGCGAACUGCCAAUCGCUGCUCUCCAACCGCCUGUCUUCUUUCUUCCAUUCUAUUCAGAGAUGAUGGAAGAUGAAGGAAAAAUGAAGAAUCUUCACAAUAAUGAGGAAAAACCAUUGAAGCCGAACAAUAAGAAGCGUAAGGAAGUUGCCAUCUUUGGGAACUACAGAAAUUACUAUGGAUACAGAACUGGUCAUGAGGACGAUCCUAGGUUAAAGGCUAUGAAGAAAGAAUGGUUCGAAGGAAAGAAUUGUCUUGAUAUUGGCUGUAAUAGUGGAGCUGUUACUGUUGCUAUUGCACAGAAGUUUUGUUGUCAAAGCAUUCUUGGAAUUGACAUCGAUAUUGCUCGAGUUGGCGAUGCAUAUUGGCACCUAAAAAAAACAGCAAGGGCCACUACACAGAAAUUGUCACGGGAAACAUCUAAAUUUGAAGAUUCAAAUAAGUUAAAUGUAUCGGUGGGGAAUCCGGUAGAAUCGUCUAAUGACGAUCGAGUAAGGGAUAGUUCUGAAGAGUCUCUGGCAUCAGGAGGAAGGAAUUUAUUUGAAGUAGUAUCUUUUGAGAAGGCAAAUUUUGUCGGAAGUUGGUAUCCACCAGAACGGAUGUCAUAUGAUACAAUUAUAUGUUUAAGCGUGUCAAAGUGGGUGCAUUUAAAUUGGGGUGAUGAGGGACUAAUCUCUUUAUUUGCUAAAGCCUGGAAGAUUCUCAAACCGGGAGGUUUGUUUAUUCUGGAACCACAGCCCUGGAGUUCUUAUUAUAAUAACCGCCAGGUUUCAGAGGCAUCUAGGGCUAACUAUCAUAAUAUUAAAAUCCUUCCUGAAGAUUUUCAGGACAUACUUUUGGAUAAGAUUGGAUUUCGGUUCGUAGAAGAUAUUACUUCUUGUGCAGCUGGUCGGAAAUCUGGAUUUGAAAGGCCUAUAUUUGCAUUCUGGAAGUGAUUUAACAUUUUCCUUUCAUGGACGAUACCCAAUCCGAUCUAGGUCUCUCGAGUAAAUGUCAUUUUUUUGCAUCUUGUGGGUGUGGGCUAAGUUAAAGGUAAAAUGCCCUAUGUAUGAUGAUUCAUGGACAAAAAGCAAAUGUGGUGUAAGAUUGUCUCUCAAUUAUACAUCCAUUUAUUUAAAUAUGACAAAUUUGCUGGAAAAUAAA